UCAGAACUUCAGAUUCCCGCUCCCGCCCAACAUAUUUUCCCAAACUCAAAUUUCCCAGAAACCGAGUCUCACCCAAACAGAGGACUGAAAUGAAUGAAGAUCCCUUAUAUAUACUUCACGUUCCCAUUCCCGCCUGCUCCUAGCAUUUUUUCCCAAGCUCUCACUCUCUCUCUCUCUCUCAAGUGGAUACGCUUGGAUUCAGGAAAGCCAAACCACCAUGAAAACUACUAGACAGCAAAACAGGAAGGCAAACGUUCCCUCAAAGCGCAAGGCAGACUUAGGUUGCACUGGAGCCAAGAAGUCCACGAAGAGAACUGGUGGGCGGAGUUUCAAACCUGCAGCUGAGGGAAGGUGUCCAGAUAUUCGAGUGGAAAGGAAAUGCGUUUCACAAACACUUAUUCCCUACACGAAGAUCAAGUUGCAGCUUUUUCCAAUAGAUGAAAGCACUCGCAUGGGAUUGGAAAAGGAUGGACAUAAUCCAUACUUGGAACUUACUUUAAGUGCUCGAAAGAAGAUUUCUUCGGUGCUUAAGCGCCUAAAUUGCAAGUGGGGAGGUUCAAGUAUUGCUCUAGGGGAGCCUAUGCUUUUCCCAUACAACGCACUAAAAAACUCGUCUAGUUACAGAAGAUGGACGUUGAAUGACAAUGAUAUUAGUGCGGGAUAUGUCUAUGAAGCUAUUGGAAGCCCCUCAAUUUUCCGCCUAAGGUAUGGCUGGUUCUCUUAUACCGAGCCUGAAACUUUUGGUAAGCUUUCUACAUCAACUCCCAUUCAGGGUUUUUCGCAAUCUGAGGAGAAAGGUUGCAGAACUAAUAAGGACGGUCCAGAUGUCGAAGGGAAUAAAACUGAGGUAGGAAGUGAAGUAGCUGUUGAUGCUGAAGUAGCUAUUGAUGCUGACAACGUCGUGAACGGACCUGCGGAUCCUAUGGAUAAUGAACCGAAGAUGGAUGAUGGCCUUGGACAAUCAUCAGCCCUGUGGACUGAUAGUUUGACUAAUAUAAGCAUUGGGGCCCUCCUCUCUGAAGUAUCCAUACAGGGCAAGUUCAGCAAUUCUGAUCCGAUCAUUGAUGGUCUAACUUCUAUAAGCAUUGGAGGUCUCUUGUCUGAAGCAUCACUACAGGGCAAACCCAAUAACUGUGAUCCAAAAUCAGCUGGGAAUGAUGCAUGCUUGCAGAUGCCUCAACCAACAUCUGAUUCCUUUGACGCUUAUAUUGCUGCCCAAACAAAUUGUUCUCAGGGUCCAAGGUCAUCCACUCAAGACCCACACUCAUCUAUAUUGGAUGCUGAAGAAACGUGCCAUGCGUUUCCUUUUCAAAGAUUCUCGUCCUCAGAAAAGGAUGUUCUGCCUUUGGUUGGAAGUGCUUAUCCAGGGAGCCGUGGCCAGGAUGUUGGUUCCGAGUCAUUCAACUUUCCUAAUGCAGCCGAGGGCAACUGUCAACCUGUGUUUCCAGAAGAUUAUGCUUGUCAAGAAUCUGAAAUAGACCUGUUAUUUUCUUCGCACACAUAUCAUGAUGAGAGCAGUCUUGGACUGUCAGGCAUUAAAUGGACCGACUCUCUCGGACCCUUUGAUCUUGGCCUACCCCACCUCUCAGAAGCUUAUCUGUGGAACGGUAUUAUCUGAAGUAGAUUUGUUAGAUGGCAGUCUUGACGCAUUCCAGAAUCGCUUUUAAGUUAGAGGCUGGAAAGGUUGCUGUUGAAGAUAAGAAAGUACAGGGAAACAAAGCAGCUAAGAAAUGAGUAAGCUAACCAAUUGGAUGGAGUAAUUAUUGUAGAGCAUACAUGCAACUUAAAGUUUUGGAACAAGUCUACCAAGACCCAAGAAUAUGGUACUUUGACAUCACCAAUAGGGUGGGUAACUAUCUCACAAAAAAUGCCAUGGUGUGAAGACUCUUGACUUGGAUUGUUUUCCAAUGCUAACAUGAAAGAUGUAAAGACAUGCUAAUGAUUGCUGGACAGUGUUUCUGUUUUGGGAACCCUCCAUAUUCAUGAAAAGAGAACUUGUAUGUAAAUUUAGCAAGAACCAUAUUCCUCGGUAGCUCCGUAAUGUCAUCCAUUAUUCGUCACAGAUUCAAGGAAAUCAGUUCAAAGCAUAUUCUGAUUGAA